UCUUUCAGAUCGUAUUGACAAAUUAGAAAGCAACAUUGAUGAAUCACAUGCCAACUUAAUAGCAACUGAAAUUGUAAAGCUUUGUGAGAAAGGUAUUACUAAUGAGAUUAAAAAAUAUAUUAAAGAAAACUUAGUUUAUUCAGCACCUGAAUUAUAUAAACAAAUUAUUCUUGAAAAGUUAAAUGGUUAUGAAUUAUUCACCGUUGAUCAGGCAUAUUAUUGGUGGGCAUAUCAUGCUGUUACGAAAUAUAA